UUGAAAUCCCAAACCCUCAAAACCUAAUUAUUCCCAUGUUAGCUUUGUCUCCUCCUGUGUUUCCAGCCUAUGGAUGGCCUUUGGAGGACCCAAUAGGCCAUGAACACAUCUACUUCUCUAGAGAAUCUGAGAAGACGAUUAAUUCUAUUGAUAAUGCUAAUUUCUUUCAACCUCAGCCUCCACAAACACUAGAGCUUGAUCACUCGGCUUCUUUUACAUAUCACAGUGGUGACCCUAACAUGGUUAAGAAGCUUAACCAUAAUGCAAGUGAACGUCAUCGUCGCAAGAAGAUGAAUUCCCUCUAUUCUUCCCUCCGAUCUCUGCUUCCGGCGGCCGAUCAAAUGAAGAAACUGAGCAUAGCAGCCACUGUCUCUGGGGUGCUGAAGUACAUCCCAGAACUGCAAGGCCAAGUGGAGAGGCUGGUUCAGAGGAAAGAGGAGCUGUUCUCCAAGCUAGCUAAGCAAGAUAAUCAAUCUGGGAAGAAGCAAAUACAGCAGAAGAAAGGAAUCAAUCGUGGGUCUUUAUCAGCAGUAUCUGCUACUCAUGUCAGUGAGUCGGAGGUUGUGAUUCAGAUUUCAAGUUUUGGUGUCCGUACAACUCCAUUAUCAGAACUCUUGGUUCAUUUGGAGAAGGAAGGUCUUUCUUUAAUCAGUUCUUCUUCCUUUGAGUCGUCUGGAGGCAGGGUCUUCCUCAAUUUACAUCUUCAGGUGGAAGGAAGCUAUAGAUUGGAGCAAGAGGCUUUAAGUGAGAAGCUCUUGUCUUUAAUAUGAGGAAGGAGACGGGGUAGGGUUGUUUCCAUGAAAUUCAUAAUAUAUGAUAAUUUAAUUGUAAAAUUAAGAGCCGCUUGUUUCAUGAUAAUAUCGUGGAGGUGAAAACAUGGGUAGGCGGAUAUGGUGGGUAAUAGGGAGGAUAGAAUAUGUAUGAGGGGUGAGGGUAGUAGCUGGAGUAAUCCGAUGAACUUUCCAUCGAAUACUCGGUUUCUAUGGGUAAAAUUAGUACUGAGGUGAAUAAACGGAUCCUAAGGACGUAUAAGCGCCUUCACCUUCUGUUCCUCCUUCAAAACUCAUGUCCAGACUUCCAUCUCUUCUCCUUUCAUCACCCACUGAUUUCCUGAUAUUUGUAAAUAUCCGACCCGAAUAUGUUCUUCUAUUUACAUCAAAAGGCUUUCUAGUGUCCCUUGA